AUGUCUCAAGCUCAACCUAUCAACUCGGAAGUCCUCAAUAGGCCAUUAGUCGUUUGUGGACCAUCUGGAACUGGUAAAUCAACACUGUUAACCAAAUUAUUCGCCGAUCAUCCUGGACAAUUCGGAUUUUCAGUCUCUCAUACAACGAGAAAUCCUAGAUCUGGUGAAGAGAAUGGCAAACAAUAUCACUUCGUGACCAGGGAUGAAUUCAUGGAAAGAGUAGGUAAUGGAGAGUUCCUGGAAUGGGCUGAGUUUGGUGGUAAUUGUUACGGAACUACUUUUGCCGCUUUAACCGCAUUAUAUCCUCGACGAUGUAUCCUUGAUAUCGAAUUACAAGGUGUAUUACAAUUACGAUCCAAGGCGUCAUUGCAAACACCACCUUUAGAUCCAGUCUACUUGUUCUUGGCUCCUCCCUCAAUUGAAACUUUGAAAGCUAGAUUAAGUGGACGUGGUACAGAGACAGAUGCAAGUAUAAGGAAAAGGUUAGAUGCCGCAAAGGCAGAAAUCGAAUAUGCGUUACAAGGUAAACAUGACGUUUAUAUCGUUAAUGAGGAUUUAAAGAUCGCAGGCGAUAAGUUGGAAAAAGUAGCUAUGGGUUAUCAAGGUUGGAAAGAUUGCGGUGACAAAUUACCUGAAUUCGAUGUAAAAGAAUUAGAAUAA